CCAGUGUGCAUGCGUGUUGCUUGUAAGGAAGGAAGGAAGGGAAGUGUGUCUGCUGCCCGUCCCUGCUGACAGGUUACUCGCUCCAAAGGGGAAAACUUGCUUGACUCCUGCUGUCAGUCUUAAGAUACGGGAUGAUGGCACUCCCACGGAGGAGAAACAACUGGAAGAUUCACAUAACAGUCACGCUGUUAUUCCUUCUGGUUGGGUUCACUGCUGCCAAGAAAACAGAGGAAGAGAGCAGCAACAAGCCUGCAGAGGAGGAGGAGGAGAAGAAAGCCAAUGUCAGGGCUUCAGAUGAUGAGCUCAGUGAGGGCCCAGAUGAUGAUAACAGAGACACUCGUCACAUUCAUCCCAGUUACAGACGCUACGGUGACAUACCCUUGACAGUAGUGGCGGGGCGCCCCACUGUGGCUACCACCCAUGCCUCCAGCACCCUAGCUGGAGCUAUCAUCAGUCCGGGUGCCUUCGCUGGUACACCAUCGUUCCAGGCUUCUCGGAUACCAGUGUCGACGAGGGCCGUCGUACCUUACAGCCCUACCCGUUCUCAGGCACCUGCUGUGCCCUUCCUGAUACCUGGGGUUGGCCUCCGAAAUCAGGUCACCCCAGUACCUUUCCAUCUCCUUCCCCUCCAGCAACCCACACAUCUCUUCGGAGUGACGCCAGACGUGCCUGGAGUCAGCGUGUGUCCUAGCGGUCUCGAGUGUGUACCACUGGUGCGUUGUGCACCUUGCUACCAUGAGGUGGAGAACCAGCCACAGCUUGCUUGUUCCAUCUUUGGUGGUGCUGUGGGCGUCUGCUGCCCUGAACCACCCACUACCAGAAACCUGCAGCAGGUGUUCACCGAACCUGUGAUUGAACUUCCUCCCCUGGGCUUCAGUGAUAUCAUCGUCCAAGAGGCUCUCAAGCUGGGUAUCUUGGAGGUGCAGAAGAUAGAACUCUUGGAGGAGGAAUUACAAAGGCGAGACAUCGAGCUAACGAACGUUCGUGACCCAGCUUACCACCAUCUCCAGUUCUUCCGGACAUCUCCCCUGGCUCUUGAUCUUAACAAUGCUGCUCUGGCUCAUGUUCACGCUUCAGAAGAACUCAGGGACAACUUUCGUUUGAGUUCCCUGCAGGCAGGAUAUGGUCUGCAACAGAUCAACGUAGCCAACACCAAUUUCGCCAACACCUGCCAGGUGAACCCCGUGUGCCAGGAGACAGACGUCUACUACCGCAGAAUUGACGGCGCCUGCAACAACUUGAACAAUCCCAUAAUAGGCCAGGCCAGGACAACGUUCCAGAGGCUACGUCCUCCACAAUACAGUGAUGGUCUGUCGCGGCCCAGAAUGAGCCGGACUGGUGCUAAUCUUCCUUCUGCACGACUUGUGUCCACCAGCAUCAUUGGCGACAUGGAUAGACCCAGCUUAGAGUUUACCAUCUCUAUGAUGCAAAUGGGGCAUUUAUCGCCCAUGAUUCACCCACCUCCCCAACAGCCCCGGUUUGAGUUUUAAGUAAUGCGUAACAACAGUGGUAUCCAGUGUUGCUCGAACAACGACCGUGACUUCGCUGACUCUGCCUUCCUCCAUCCCGCUUGCUUCCCCAUCGAGGUGCCUGCUAAUGACCCCUUCUUCGGUGGGACCGGACGCCGCUGCAUGAACUUCGUCAGGUCUAUGCUGGCUCCCCGCAACACUCCGUGUAAUCUAGGCUAUGCUGAGCAGAUGAACCAGGUCACACACUUCCUAGACGGAUCUAACAUCUACGGAUCGAGUGUCUCGGAGCAGCAGCAGCUGAGAGCUUUUCGUGGUGGUCUCCUCAGAGUGCAGGAGAGUGACCUCCUCCCAGCUGACUUACAGGUCAUGGAGUGUGAGACCAUCAGAGAAGGAUUACCUUGUUUCAUGGCUGGAGACAACCGGGUGAACGAGCAAGUGGUACUGUCCAUCAUGCACACAGUGUGGGUGAGAAUACACAACCGUAUAGCCCGGGAGCUGGCACGCAUCAACCCACACUGGUCAGACGAGAGACUCUAUCAGGAGACCAGGAGGAUUGUGGUGGCCCUUUACCAGCAUAUUAUCUACAACGAGUGGCUCCCUAAUGUACUUGGCAAGGACUACAUGGUUGCCAAUGGGCUACUACCACGGCGACGAGGCUACUCCAGGGACUACGACAGCGGCCUCGACCCGGCUAUACUCAACGAGUUCUCCACUGUUGCUUUCCGCUUCGGCCACACCCUCGUCCAGGGUAUGAUUCAGUUAGUGGGCAAGAAGGGUCAGUCUGCGGGAGUGUUGCAGCUACACGAGAACUUCAACAACCCGCGGCAAGUCUACACUCCUGGCAGGCUGGACGAGUUCCUCCGAGGCAUGGCGACACAACCUGUCCAGAUGUUCGACAGAUUUAUCACUUCUGAGCUCACUAACAGGCUUUUCGAGACUCGGGAGAUGCCGCAAGGUAUGGACUUGAUAUCUCUCAACACCCAGAGAGCCAGGGACCAUGGUAUUGCCCCUUACAACGAUCUAAGGGAAGCAUGUGGACUUCCUAGGGCACGUACGUUUGAGGACCUACUUGAUGUUCUUCCUGUAGAGGUGGUGCAGACUUUCAGUCAGCUCUACGCUACAGUGGACGACAUCGACCCCUUCGUGGCUGGAGUCUCUGAGAGGCCGGCACCUGGAGCUCUCCUUGGACCCACCUUCAGGUGCAUCGUUGGUGACCAGUUUACCCGGCUGAAGCGGGGAGACAGAUUCUUCUACGACUUGGCAGAUAUGCCCAGUUCAUUUACUGAAGCUCAACUUAAUUCAAUCCGGAUGAUAUCCUGGGCCCGCAUCAUCUGUGAGGCUGGAGACAUGAUAGGCUACGUCCAGCCCCUGGCCUUCAGGCAACCUCGUGGCCUGAAUGAGAGAGUUCCUUGUGACAGCCCCACCAUCCCUGGUCUGGACCUGUCACCUUGGAUCUCACAGGCAUAGAAAUAAUCACUUCCACACAGGACGACACAACGUCCGUCACUCCAUUUUAUAAUGUGUUCUUGCUCAGAGGCGAGCUACAGCUCCCAAACCACGCCAUCCAUUUUCUUCAUUAAGUGUUAUUACUGCGAUGACCUCCAGAGCACUGUUAUUGAACAGUGACGCCACCAAUUCUUUCAGUUAAAUUUUUUUUACCCAAGUUGUGACAAUAUCCACCAUCAUAUCUUAGGUAUUUAUUUUAUUAUGCAUACUCUUGAUCACUGACGAGAUAAUUUCAACAAGUUGAUACCUUCACUACUGCCAGUAAGUCAUUUCUUUCCACGAAGGAUCACACGCACGCACACAUGCCAACAUCUGCACAUACUUCAUCACCUCCAUAAAUCUCGUCAUCUGCCCACAAGAGUGUUCGUCUGGUCUUGUAUUUGGGAGAUGAGAGGCUGCAUCUUCUCUGUGCAGUGCAGCUACCUCAAGUUCCAGUCAACGCCUGACCCCUUCCCUAGGGUGAGUUGCUGGCUGGUUGAUGACAUCCAGGAGAGUUUCCCCAGACACUUUUUUACUUUGUAAAAAAAUUAAAUGAAACAUAAAGAUGUAAACAGUGUAUUUUUUUAACCUCGUAACUGGAUACAGCUUUAACAGUGAUAUUCAUCAAUAGAUCUUUCAUCAAUGAACCAUCAGUCAAUAAAGAUAAAUGGACCUUUCAUCAAUGAAUCAUCAAGCGACAGAUAGAAAAAUGCUUCAUCAAUUAAUCAUCAAUGAAAAAAAAUAGACUAGAUCUGUCUACUUGUCAUGUGGGGUCCGAAACAUGGAAUGGGUAAUAAACACUCACCUUGGAUGUACCAGUAUAUUGGAUGGAAUAUAUGGGGAGCGCCACGCCUGACCUGCUGUCUCUCCUAAUGUCUCUACUUGAACUGCUUGCUGAGUGCCUCAGAGGGGUGAGCGGCAUUCAAAUCAUGCUAGGGUCAGCGGUAACAGUGAAUAACAAGUGAUUCACACAGACGGUUGGUAGUGAGUACACUGGAAAAUCCUAGACCUAGAGGGACUAGUACCGAACUUGCACACGAAAAUCACUCACUACGAAAGCAAAAGACUUGGCAGACGAUGCAACAUCCCCCAAUGAAAAGCAGGGGUGUCACUAGCACGUUAAGAGACCAUACAAUAAGUGUCAGGGGGUCGAGACUGUUCAACUGCCUCCCAGCAUACAUAAGGGGGAUUACCAAUAGACCCCUGGCAGUCUUCAAGCUGGCACUGGACAAGCACCUAAAGUCGGUACCUGACCAGCCGGGCUGUGGCUCGUACGUUGGUUUGCGU